UAUGAGUAAUGGACCAGGGGUCUCAAACUUGCGGGCCAAUUGCGGCCAGCCGGACGAUAUUUUGUGGCCCCAUACUUGACAUCAAAGUUUAGUCACUUUUUUUUUUGGGCAACCGCAACCGAGUUCCUCAAGUUGUGGAGCUUCAUAUCCGUGAGCAUGAAAUGUACGUGCGUCAGUUUUUCUCACUGCAAACAACUGUUAAUAGUAAAGCUUGAGAAGACUGGAUAUUUGUACUUUUUUGUGGAAUACUUGAUGCGGCCCAGGCUCUACCUCCAGCGGCCCCAAGAUGCCUGUCUUCACUGCCGUUUAAAUAAAGUGCUGAAGGACUAGUAUCAAACAAAACGUGUUGCUCGAUGGCGCCAUUUAGUGGUCACACUACGUAACGUCAACCCGUGGUGACGGGCCACAGAAGAGCGGUGUCUGUCAACGGGACUUCACAGCGACCAGACGCGGGCAUGAAACUACCGUUUCAGCCAACUCAUUUGAUACUUGAUUCUGCAUUUUUUUUUCGGUCUACCAAGCGUAAGUAAUCACUGGUUGUCAGCAUGGCCCAACAGCCUGCUGAGCUGCUGCUGGUCAAGGAUCAGUACGAGUUGGCGUUUCACUGUCUGAGCCAGGGACGCGGGGCAGAGGACGCCGGUAAAAGGAACGAGGGCCUGGACUACUACCGGCGGGGCAGACAGCACCUCCAACAGGGACUGGAGAUCCCCACGAACGGCGAGCGGCACCGAGGCCCCAACUGGGACGCCGCCAGACAGCUCCAGCAUAAGAUGGCCGCCAUUCUCAAGAACCUGACGCUACAUCUGGCCGAUCUGGAGACCACCAAGCAGACGACUGAGGCCCAGAGAAGCCGGGUCUCCAUGGAUCCUCUCCCCACCGGUGUGGACACACUGGAGCCCCAACAGCGCUGUCUGUACCCUAGCAUACCGGCGAUGCUCGCUCAGACCUCGACGUUUCCGGAGCUAGUAGUGCAAGCACAAGACAGCCUUUUUACUGCUGUGAGUUCGACCCCCGACCUCCCCUCUCUACCCCCCAGACCCCUUGUCCUUCCCGGGGACCAGCCUCCGGCGUACACCCCGCGGCCCGGCGAGGGCCACCAGAGCCUCAUCGGGAGCGCUGGCGGCGUGUUGUGGGGACAGGGGCCCGGGGCCCUGUGUGGAAGGGUGGGCCAGGAGCUGGUGUUCAUUCCUGCGGGGGUGCAGAUGUUCUUCGUUGCUCCAGACGGACAGGUCAGCUCCCUGUUCCAGCCGGGUUACCUGCGCAUCUUCAGGUGUGAGGAGGAACGUUCUCCAGCGGCAGCCGGCAAGGAGAAGCCCUCCUCAGCCUACCUUCAUGUGUGCGACUGGCUCUAUCCGCUGGCGCCAGACACCCCCGUCCUAUUGGCCAGCUCUGGGAUCUACAUGUUCCCGGACACGCUGAGGGCCAGCCCGGGCUCCUACGUGGGCAUCGUCCUGUCCAACGAACUCCCCGCCGCUCACCGAGAGCUGUUUAAGGACAUCCUGGCUCAGCUUGUGGAACUGCGGGUUCAGGUUCCAGUCGAGGGCGAGAGGUCAGAGGUCAUCAACCUGAGUGAAAAGGUUCCCCUUGGACCGGUGGAGGAGGAGGAGGAGGCAGCCCCGCUCAUCGUGACGGGAGAGGAGAAACCUCCACUUCCUGAGUGGAGCGAAAAGAUGGCCCAACAUAUCUUGUCAGGGGCGUCGUGGCUGAGCAAGGAGUUUCUGCGCGGGGCCGAGUUCACGGGUAAGGCCGUCCACAAAGGGGCCACCAAGCUGCGCACCAACAUGACCCCCGAGGAGACCCCCGUGGAGAUCAGCCCCAAGGUCACCAAGGGCCUGCAGGCCGCCCAGCAGGCCACCGGGGGCGCAGCGCGGGUCAGCCGCUUCCUGGUGAACGGCGUGAGCACGGUUGCGGAGGCCGUGGGCGAGCGGCUGGCGCCACACGUGAAGAAGCACGGCGCCAAGUUGAUCCCGGAGAGCCUGAGGAAGAGCAAGGACGGCCAGGCCUCCAGCAUGGACGGGGCCAAGCUGGUGGCCGUCACCAGCCUACAGGGCGUUUCUGCCGUGUGGACAGCUCUGGAGUCAGGAGCCAAGACCGUGGGUAAAAGUGUGGCUUCGGAAACGGUCAUGACCGCAAAGUACAAAUUUAAGGGUUUAGAGAAACUGUUAAACAUGCCCGGGAACCAAUGACUGCAAGACGAGUGAAAAGGCAACCAAAUCUUUGAACUGAUGACUGAAAUUUGUCAAUUUUUUCUUUAUUUAAACGCUCUUCUAACUUCAACCAUGUUGGAUAUAAUAACCCAAAUCAACUGUUUCAAACUGAUAUUUUAAUCAAACAUUUCUAUAUUAACGCUUUCUAUACGCGCCAGACAAUACCAAUGGGUUCUUGUUGGCAUGCUGUUCAUCUUCUUUAACCAAUCAGUGUUAACAGAAGCUAUAUCUCUGCCCUAUCGCAUGGUGAUGCCUCUUCUUCUGCUGUUCAUAAAGUGUGCAUUGUGCGGUUAAUAAAAUAUACACCAUGAAACAUCA